AUGCUCGAUUUCAACAAUGAAGAGGAUUUUAAAAACACUUGGUACAAAAGAUCUAUAGAAAUUGAAGGUCAAGUUAUGUGGCUUGAGAAGUGGACCCCUGAUUUUAGACCGGAUGUGGAUUCUCCUAUAGUGCCGACUUGGGUGUUGUUACCCUCUCUCCCUAUACAUUGCCAUUCAUGGCAUUAUGUGAAACAAUUAGUAGGAACAAUUGGUACACCUCUCUCAAUGGAUUUAGCUACUGAAAACAGGACUAGACCUAGUAUGGCUAAGGUUAGAGUCGAAAUCGAUUUGACGAAGCCAAAAAUUGACUCGAUCUGGAUUGGAGUAGAGGAUGAUGAUAGUCCAUUAAAAGGCUUCACUCAAAAAAUUGAGUAUGAGAAUGUGCCAAAGUAUUGUAGACAUUGUAAAUUACUUGGACACUCAAUACUGCAAUGUAGACAUGCUGAAAAGAAGAAGGAGGAUGUAAAAGAAAAACAAAAAGAGGUCGAAGACAAUGGGGAGCGAGGAAAAGCAAGUGAAAGCACAAAAGGGAGAAAACACACAACUGAAAGUAGCAAAGUUGAGGAACAGACCGAAAAGGAGGAAGUAAAUGCAACAGAUGCGAGAAACAACAGCAACAGCAAGGAUAAGACAGUGACGAAAAAUGCUGAAGCGGGGGAGAUUACCAAGGAAUGCAACAAUAAUAGGGGACAGGAAGAUGAGCUAUAUGCAAAUGACAAUGAUAUGGACAGUAAAGAGAAUGAAAAGGAAAGCAUGGUAUUUAGAAUAAAUCAAAAGAAGAGGAGGAAGAAGAAAAAACAUCAUACUAAGAAGGCCCUAAAAAAGAAGACUAAAGUCACCUUCAAGGUGAUAAAAAAUCGCCAGGAAGGUUAUAUACAGAACAGUUCCGUUGAGAAGAAGAAUGUGGACAAGCAGAUUGAUCAAGAAGUCCCCCAAAACAGUGAGGCAGAACAUAUUGGCGACACUGCCAGUAACAACAACGAGGAGAUUACUCCAAUCGGUCCAUUUAUAAAUGAUUCAGGACAACAGCAGUGUAUGGAAAAAAAUAAUGAAUCUGAGGAGAACAGGGACAAUGCGGAAAGGGAGGAACAAAUAGAAAGCCAAGAGAGCAAGGAUGAAGUAGUGGAGGAGGUCAGGAAUGGAACUUCAAACAGGUACAUUGAAAUCUUAAACCACAAAGGCAUUGAUCUUGUGGUAGAUUUAAACAGGAAUAAUUAUAAAGAACAACAAAAACGAGGAGGGGAGGAAGAAUUGGCAGAAGAGUUAGACAGCAGGCCGCCUAAAUGCGACGCAGAUUUUGGGAAAAUUUUGAUUGAAGAUGCAGAACAAGGUGAUUCGGAUGAUGCAGGAAAACAACAUCUAACAGAAGCUCAAAAAAAAUGUGAUCUCUCCCCAGAGAGAGGGAGAGGGGGGGAUUUUAAUGUGAUCUUGGAGGCUUUUGAAAAACUGGGGGGGAAACCUUACAGGGCUUACAAGAGUGUGGACUUUGCUAACUGUAUGAACAGAUGUGGGAUGGAGGAUGCUGGUUACAUAGGCUCUACCUAUACUUGGUGUAACAACAGAAGACCAAGCAAAAGGAUAUGGAAAAGGUUGGACAGGUUGCUAUUUAAUGAUGAUUGGCUACACAAAUUCCAAAACAGCGUGGUUAGGCAUUUAAGUAGGACAGGGUCCAACCAUAGGCCUCUACUACUUAAAUGUUAUGAUGAUAUGAAUGAGGGCACCAAAUAUUUUAGAUUCCUGAAUUUCUGGAGUGAUCAACCGGGCUUCUAUGAUAUAGUAAAAAAGGAAUGA